AUGUCUUUAUUUCAUCGUUAUUCCACUGUUAGCUCAUCGUCUAGUCGAAGUGGCGGUGAGCAUCUACAUCGCAGCCGAAGUCGGAGAUCGUCUGGAAGUCACUCAUCUCACUCAUCUAUGUCAACCAGAUCCUCUUCUUCUGUUGGUCAUAGUGGCCAUCGCACUGUUGUUCAUCGAAGGGUAGAAGACCCGUCCAUCACAGCCGCUCGGGAGCAGGUCAUUCGUGCUGAGGCAGCAGAGAGAGAAGCUGAUAAAGCGCUCAUGGCGUCCAGAUCAGCGGUCAAGCAGGCUUGGGAUCAUGUAAAGCACCUUGAGCGGGAGGCAGCAGAAGAGGCUCGACUGGCCAAAAUUAAGCAAGACCAGGCCUCCACGAUCUCAAAGAGAGCAAGGCCACUCGGUCGUAAGUGUUUCUUGGAGCUUUGA